AUGGGUUUAAAGUUUAAUGACUUACUCAUGGAAGAAACACCUAUCAUGCAAAAAGCUAUCAAAAGAUUGCCCCCGGCAUUAAGCUAUUCCAGAAAUUUUAGAAUUCUCACCGCCCAUCAAUUGUCAUUGACUCAACAAAUACUUCCAGCAGAAAAGGCUCUCAAACCAGAAGAAGAUGAUCAUUACUUGAUUCCAUAUAUUUUAGAAGCCGAAAAGGAGGCAUUUGAGAAGGCCGAGUUAGAUAACAUUGAAGUCAAAAGUUCUUAG